AUGGCAGACACGAUAUCCGCAACCAUUCCAAAUGAGAUUGCGGCGUUGGUGCCAUCGUUAGAAGGCGCUCAAAAUACGCGUUAUCUAGCAUUGGCAACCUUCAUCGCCUAUUCGUACGAUUAUUUCUUGACUGUCGAUGAGGAGAUCGAAUACUUUUGGAAAGGGGACUGGGACUUGACGAAGAUUUUAUUUAUUACGAACAGAUAUUUUGCUCCGAUCGUCAUUAUUUUGGGGUUGAUCAGUUUGUUUGCCCCUGGCCUUUCAUUCGAAUUGUGGGUUGAUUGCACCGGGGCCAUACCGGCUACGUACAUUCUGAACAUAAUUGGUAUCUGCAUCGUGCAAGGAAUCAUCGUCCUUCGGAUUUGGUAUAUAUUCUCCAGCAGGCGUACUCUGAGGCUACUCGUGGUCGUAGCAUAUGUCGGAUGCACUGUCGCCACUGCAGUGGUGUUUGCAUCCCUGUGGCACCAAUUCGCCGCUAUCCACAUAGACAUUCCUGGUUACAAUUUCCUUGGGUGUGGCGCUCCUCCCGCAACCGAUGCAUGGAGAAUGUUCCUUCCAAAUCUGAUCAUACAUACAAUUCUAUUUAUCGGAACCACGAUCCCUGCUCUGAAACCCAAUGGCGAUGGCAGACGCUCUCCGCUGAUGCUUCGUCUUAUUCGGGACGGCGGCACGUUCUACAUAGUAGUAUUUAUUGUUGCACUUGUCUCAACAAUCGGAGCCCUGCAGCAUCAUCAUCUUGAGAUCAUGUUUCCGGCCAUAUAUUCCAAUGCCUUGCUUGGUCUCAUAUCGAUCGCCACAUCUCACCUCAUGCUGAGCAUCCGGUCGCUCGCUGCCAAUCUCUCCAUAGAUCCCAACUGGCUCUUGAACAACGCAGAACUCAGUCGCGUGCAGUGGAGGAAGGGCGCACACGACGGCGAGCUAAUUGUGGAGAUCGGGCCUCGCGAGGAAGACGAGGUUGAGCUGAGCGAUGUCACAGAGAAACGCGGGCCUACGCCCACCUUGUACACCAGUCGAGUAGGUACGUACGACGAUCUGGUACCGCCGAAAAUUACCUUCAGUACUGCCGGUGUGAGCAAGGGUGAUUUACGUGUUUGA